CCCCAUCGGCACGAAGUUAGUCCACCGCAGCAAUUCUUCUGCCGCGAGGCCGAAGUCUGCCUUCGACUUCGCCGAAUCACCUUAACUCCGUGAUAACCGCAUUCAUAGCGGUUCAAAAUGCAUUCUCGCCGAUUAGGCUGGCUUAAUUUGCUCUCCACCAACUGCAACACCAUUUCUCCUGUCAGCCAAAAAACGAAUAACACGAGUCAAGAUGCCUGGGUUCGACCCUAAAAGGGAUGUGCCAGACCUGAACAGCAAGGUCAUCCUUAUCACAGGCGGCACCGCUGGCGUCGGAGCCGGCACGGUGGUUGAGUUGGUUCGGCACAAGCCGGCCCACGUCCUCUUCACCGGCCGCAAAGCCAAAUCGGCCGAGGCUACCAUCGCCAGCGCCAAGGCCGCAGCGCCAGACGUGCAGGUGUCCUUCGUCGAGCUCGACCUCGCAGACCUCGCCAGCGUCAAGGCGGCCGGCGAGAAGCUCGCGGCAGACCUGCCCCGGCUCGACGUGCUCAUGUGCAACGCCGGCGUCAUGGCCGUGCCAGCGGCCCAGUCUAAGGACGGCUACGAGAUUCACUUCGCGACUAACCACCUGGGCCACGCGCUCCUGACGCUCCAGCUGCUCCCCCUGCUCUCGCGCACGGCAGCGGACCGCGCGGGCUCCGACGUGCGCAUUAUCGUGGUGACGAGCACCGCCUGGCGCGGUACCCCGCCCGGCGGAAUCGCGUUCGACAGGCUCAAGACGAAGCAGGAAAUGGCCGUGCUGGGCCGCUGGCUGCGCUACGGCCAGAGCAAGCUGGCCAACAUGAUAUUUGCGCGUGAGCUGGCGGCGCGUAAUCCCCAGAUCCUGUCGUUCAGCCUCACCCCGGGCGUUGUCUCCACGGGGCUGGUCACGGAUCUGGGGCUUGCCGACAAGGCGCUGAUCUACAUCCCAAAUAUUGGCCGGGUGAAGACGCCCGAGGAGGGCACACACAACUUGCUGUGGGCUAUCGGCGCCCCGCGGAAAGAUAUAAAGCCUGGUGGCUUUUACGAGCCAGUUGGCCGCCUGUCGACGAUGGAGACGAAGGCCAGCAGGGAUCCGGACCUUGGAAAGAAACUCUGGGAUUGGACUGAGACUGAGUUGAGGCAGUGGGUCUAGCUGAUACCGUGAUCACGAACAUUAUCUCUUAUGUGCAGUCAGAAGACGGAGAAAGUACGGAGACGGCGCCUCGCAAACUUACCCUUUCUGUCAGUAGUGG